CUCAACUUAAAUUCCUCUUCUUCUUUCUUUCCUCUGGUGAGCUGGCUCUUCAUCCCUCUCGAGGCUAGGCUGCUCUUCCACCGCCGACCGUGAGAGCCGUUGCUGGCCGACAAUGAGCUCCCGAGCACUGCACUGGCCUCGGGCGGCGCAGUCCUCGCUAGCAAAGCAACAUGUUGCUCGUACCAAUGAUCCUGCCAUGAUGCGCCCGGCGCAAUCCCUGCAUAGAGAUGUUCGUGCACAGCAGAUUGCCGAGCUCUCGAGUUCGAGCCCGAACUAUGACCGAUUGGGGCGCCGUGCGAAGGAGAAAAUGCUAGACAAGGAAUUUUUUCUGAGUCUGCUGAGCUCGGCCUCGACUAAACGAGAAGCAAAAUCAUAUUUAUCUCGCUUCAAAGCCAACCCUUCGCAGGGAAACCCGAAGCCCACCAGCGAACCUCCAAAGGAGCCUGUACAGGAAGAAUCGUUGCCAUCUGGGGUGAACCUCGGGUCUUUCUACGGCGCCUCCAGAGCAGUAUAUGAGACCCCGGUGUUCCGGCAGAACACCACGCCAGUCCCUCAAGAACAGGAAUCAUGGGAAAGGGUACAUUUGGCUUUGAUCAAAGUCACUGCGCCGCAGUCCCUCGAUGAUGAGACUCUCACGGGUGUGGCGAAGACAUUUUCACAGCUUACACGCCUGGGAAUGGCGUGUUGUGUGGUGGUUGACCCGGGCAACGUGGAUGAUCACGCUGCAAUGCGACAAGUUGCUUUUGAACAGGCCACUCGGAUCGCAAAUGCAGUGGACGCGCAACCUGACUCGAAAUCCUUCCUUUUUGACUCAACCCUAUCUUUAUCUGAAAAUGGCUCGGGUGAUCCCACGGUCACUUCUCGACAGAGGCUUCUACGCCCGCUCCGGAAUGGAUAUGUUGUGAUUGUCACGCCGAUCGCCUAUGUGGAUGAAAAUCCCAGGGCCGUGUCGGUGCCGGCGAAUGAUGCGGUCAUGGCCCUCACCAAGGAAUUUGCCGGAUUGUCCCUUAUCCCAGACCCAGACGAGGACCCGGCUGUGACAGCGGAAAAGAUCAGUGAGCUACAGAAGGAGGUCUCCCUGGAUCGGGUGAUUCUACUACACCCGCUUGGAGGAAUCCCGGCCUUCAAUGGUCCGCAAUUAUCUCACGUCUUUAUCAAUAUGGAACAAGAGUUUGACGAGAUCGAGGAAGAGCUACUCGAUGCACGGCACGAUCUCGUCGGCGAAGGAAAACUCACAACCGGCAAAGACGAAGGACCGGCCUCGGCCUUUUUAGAGAGCAACCCCUUCUCCAAGUUUGUGGACCAAGAGGUGGUCUCCCCUCUUCCUGGGAGAUCAAACAAGCUGCCAGGCUCCAAGGCAAUGGGCUACGUUCUCGACGGACACUUAGAGAAUCUCCGCCUCUCACAACAAGCACUCGCCAUGCUCCCCUCUGCCUCCUCAGGAAUCAUUACCUCCCCACAAGAAGUCGCCAACUCCGCCCGCGCACCUCAAGAAGCAAUCGCAGACGUGUCCGCCGUGGGAACACGACGCCAGCGUAACCCCCUCAUCCACAACCUCCUCACCGACAAACCACUCCUAUCAUCAUCUCUCCCACCAGGCCGUCGCGGGUCAAUCAACGGAUGUGCAAGCGCAAUCAGCGCGCUCCCCUCACACUCCACCUUUGUCAAGCGCGGCAUGCCCCUCACCAUUCUACCAAACCCCGCUGUGCAAAUGUGGAAAGCCUCCGGCCAAACCCGCCUCCAACUCAACGACCCCUCAAUCGACCUCCCCCGCCUAGUCCACCUAAUCGAAGAUUCUUUCGACCGCAAACUCGACGUACAAAACUAUCUCGAGCGCGUGAACGACCGCAUCGCCGGCCUGAUCAUCGCAGGUGAGUACGAAGGCGGCGCAAUCCUAACCUGGGAAGCACCACCAGGUGUCGUCGACGACGGCAGCGAAGUCAGCGCUGCCCGGAUGGUGCCGUACCUGGAUAAAUUCGCCGUGCUGAAGCGCAGCCAGGGUGCCGGCGGCGUGGCGGAUGUCGUCUUCAAUGCGAUGGUGCGCACUUGUUUCCCCGAUGGAGUGUGCUGGCGCAGUCGUAAGGAUAAUCCGGUGAAUAAGUGGUAUUUUGAGCGGUCGAGUGGGACGUGGAAAUUGUCUGAUAGUAAUUGGACGAUGUUUUGGACAACCCCCGGGCUGGUGGAGGAUACCCAGCGAUUCAGGGAUUAUGAGGGUGUUUGUCGGAAUAUUCAGCCUAGUUGGGCUGAUAAUAAAAGUGUCGUUGAUUGAAGGAGGCGACAAAAUUGCAUAUAGGAAGAGUUAGAUAUCCUGUGUAUAUAGUUCUGUUGGUCUGUGGAUGGCACAUUUUCCAAAAGUGA